AUGGGAGCCUGCGUCCGACAGAUUCCGCUUCCAAGACUGGUGGGACCUGUUAUCGUGCUCGCUAAAUUGUUUAUGCAGGAGCUGUGGCGAAACCAGAGGACGUGGGAUGAACCUUUAGAGGAAGAAGUUCAACAACGUUGGUUGCAGUUUAGAGCAAAUCUCACAUCACUCGAACAUCUAACGGUUCCUCGAUGGGUCGUACCAUGCAUAGAACCCACCAUUGUGGAAGUACAUGGGUUCUGUGAUGCCUCCGAAAGGGCCUACGGGGCCUGCAUAUAUCUGCGAACAGUUUGUGCCAAUGGCAAUAUAUCCGUUCUACUCCUUACUUCGAAGUCAAAAGUCGCCCCUCUCGGCGACAGUAAAAAGCAGAAAAAGAUCUGCUUGCCUCGCUUAGAGCUCUCGUCAGCGUUGUUACUCAGCCACCUCUAUCAGAAGGUUCAGCAAAGCUUAAAGCUACAAUUGAAAUCCUUUUUUUGGACCGAUUCCAUGAUUGCACUAUACUGGCUAUCAGCGAACCCGUCCCGGUGGAAAACUUUCGUCGCUAACCGGGUUUCUGAAAUCCAACAUCUGACGAAGGAUGGAAUUUGGGCUCACGUGCCCGGGAUCGAGAACCCCGCCGACAUAAUCUCCCGUGGAAUGCUACCUGCCCAGCUGAUGGAGACUACUGCAUGGUGGGAAGGCCCACCAUGGCUGCAACAACCGGAGCGGUUUCGGCCACCACUAGUUAGGUCAACCCAUGAAGACUUCCCUACUGAAUAUUUGGAGGAAAAAUUGGCAGUUAUGUCCGUUCAAGUGAAAGCACCUUGUUUCAUAUUCAGUCUGCGAUCGUCUUAUAAUGCUCUAGUUCGGCUAGUAUCAUACUUGCUACGAUUUACCCACAACUGCAAACCGGCACAUCGGUCGGACCGUAAGGUCGGUUUCCUAUCAACUAAUGAGAUUACCGAAGCUGUAAACGUGUUAGUGAAAAUUUCGCAGAAGGAAUGUUUUGCUGAAGAAAUCCGAGCCAUCACUGUUGACGGACAAGUCAAGCCUAAUUCCAGAUUGAAAACGCUGACACCGAUCCUGAAAAAUCAAAUUCUCCGGGUUGGUGGUCGGCUCGAAAAUGCACCAAUCGCUGAUGAUAGAAAACACCCUAUGAUUCUGCAUCCAAACCAUCCUUUCACCGAGUUGAUUGCAGAUCAUUACCAUAAAAAACUUCUGCAUGCUGGCCCGCAACUUAUUAUUGCAAACAUGCGAGAGAAGUUCUGGCCACUACGAGUGCGAAAUUUGGCACGAAGGGUGGUGCACAGUUGCAUUAAAUGUUUUCGUUGUAAGCCAACUAUCUUAGAGCAGCUUAUGGGAGAACUGCCUCCUGAACGAGUAACACCAACCUUCCCGUUCCUGACCACUGGUGUCGAUCUGUGUGGACCCUUUUAUUACCGCCAUGCUGGUCGCAAAUCAUCUCCCACCAAAGGCUUCGUCGCAAUAUUUGUGUGCCUCGUAACAAAGGCGGUGCACAUUGAAUUGGUAGCCGACCUCUCAACCAAUGCAUUUGUUUCGGCUCUAAAAAGAUUUGUAGCACGUCGCGGCCUACCAGCAGUCAUUGAAUGCGACAACGCAAAGAAUUUCGUUGGUGCAUCUCGGGAGCGAGAACGGCAUUUGGUUAAAUUUAUUCCUCCUCGGUCUCCGAACUUCGGCGGCAUUUGGGAGGCCGCAGUUAAAUCCUGCAAGAAGCAUCUGAAGGCCACUCUCGGAACUGCUAUAUUAAUGAAGGAUGACCUAGAAACGCUCCUUACGCAAACCGAAGGUUGCCUGAACUCCAGGCCGCUCACGCAGCUGUCAUCUGACCCAGAGGACUUAGAAGUGCUCACCCCUGGGCAUUUCCUAGUAAGCCGCCCUCUUGUAGCUAUACCAGAACCAUCGUACGAAGCCAUACCGAAAGGACGUCUAGACCGUUAUCAGCAGACCCAAGAGUAUCUUCGUCGUAUCUGGAAGCACUGGAGCAUGGAUUAUCUAUCCGGCCUGCUCCCGCGGACAAAAUGGACCCGUCAACGUGACAACGUAACCAUCGGAACGAUGGUACUUCUGAAGGAAGACAACCUACCUCCACUCAAGUGGCGACUCGGCCGUAUCACCCAAAUCUUCCGCGGCGAUGACGGCAACGUUCGAGUGGUCUCGGUGAAGACCAAAGAUGGCGAGCUUCGGCGCGCUAUUUCCAACAUUUGUGUACUACCAGUGAGAAAGCCAGCAACCGCUGGUGAUGAGGACUCGCUCUCCGAUUCGUAA